AUGAUGUUCAAUGCUGGAGGGCUUCUUGUUCUCAAAGUUCAUCAAAGUUACUCGAAACUGAAGGUCAAUGGAUUCAUAUCCAAAGAGAAGAAGAUGUUUGCCUAUCCGGCGUUCGGCCUCAGGAACAAAUACCUCGAAAACGUCGAGGAUGACUACCUGUAUCAUUUCGGAUUUGGCUUAAAAACGGUCGACCUUCCCAAAACGUUUGGCGACGUCAAG